UUCUGAAGUUAGCGAACGUAGCUCUCUUUUGAUAACUCGCUUGAGAUUCGAUUGUAGUUGACCGAGAACCGCGUUCAAGUCGUCACAAGAUGAUAUUCCAUUUGGAAGGCAUCCUUAUUCUUGCUCUGUGGUAUUCCUUUCAUAAUGUGCAAGGAAUUGUGGUCGGAGCACCUGCUCCUUGCGAUGCCUAUUGCUUCAAAGAGCUGAAACCCUUGCAUAACACAAUUGCCACACUGUAUAACCGUUUGACCGAAUACGAGACGAUGCAAUUUGUCAAUGCGAGUGCCAGACUGGAUAAAAUUGAUAAAGAGUUAAAGACACAGAAAUUCAGGGUGUCGGCUAAUACGCAAGGCAUUUCGAGAAAUAGAAAGAAUUUGAGCGAUCAAAUGAAAUCAAUUGAAAAGCGUAAGAGGGAAUUGCGAAAACCCUUUGUUCAGAUCGGAUCUGGAUAUUAUUACAUUGAGAGUGCGUUGCAACUCACUUGGUUUGCAUCCGUCUUUGCAUGCCAUCGACACGGUGGCCAUUUGAUCACGCUAAAUAAUCAAGAGGAACUGGAUGCAAUCAUUCCGAAAUUGUAUGCAAAGGGCACCUACUGGACUGACGUCAAUGAGCUGACAAUUGAUGAAUACGUAUCGAUCACCACUGGAUCGAGAGCUGAAUUUUUUAAUUGGAGAAGAGGAGAACCAAAGUUCGACCUGGGCAAAAAGCUCAACCGGAUCAUCUUCCAAGGUUCAGUUGAGUUUCGUGCGUAUUCGAGUGCUGUCGUCUUCAUUCUCCUGCUCAUCUAUGUCAUCUGGAUCUGUAGUCUUCUUCAUCGUCAUCAUUAUCGCUUUGCUCUUAGCUGUUGAGGCACGAGUGCGUGGCAAACAAUACGAUGAGGACAAGGACACAAUUGUCGAGCUGCCAAAACUGGGCGCCGUUCAGGGCAAAGUCAUCGAGACAGCGUGGACUAAUCGAGAAGUUCUACAGUUUGUGGAUAUGAGAUACGCCGAGCCGCCAACGGGACAAUAUCGAUUCAAGCCACCGCGUCCCAUAGAGCCCUGGGAGGAUGUGAUGGAUGCGACGGCCGAGAAGAUUGGCUGCCCCUCGGUGGUGUCCAUGGAUUCGCUGACCAAGCUGGACGAUGUGCUCGACGUGGAGGAUUGCCUCACCAUGACAAUCACGACACCAAAUGUAACUGGCGCAUUGCCGGUGCUUGUCUACAUCCACGGGGAAUAUCUCUACGAGGGCAGCAACUCUGAGGCACCGCCAGACUAUCUGCUGGAGAAGGAUGUAGUGCUGGUGACGCCGCAGUAUCGCCUUGGCCCCUUUGGCUUUCUGUCCACCAAGACCGAUGAGAUUCCAGGCAAUGCGGGCUUCCUCGAUAUCUUUCUGGCGCUGCAGUUCGUCAAGCACUUCAUCACAUACUUUGGCGGCGAUCCAAGUCGAGUAACCGUUGCGGGUCAGGUGGGUGGAGCAGCCAUAGCGCAUCUGCUGACACUUUCGCCGAUGGUGCAACAUGGUCUCUUCAGUCAGGUGAUCUAUCACUCUGGCUCCGCCAUCAUGCCCAUCUUUCUGGAGGAGAAUCCUCGCAAGCAUGCCCAGGAGAUUGCCCAAAAGGCCGAGUGCCAAAUGGUCACUGUGCGUGAUCUCAACAAUUGUCUGAUGGAGCUCAGUGCCAUGGAGCUGCUGAAUGCCUUUAUGGACCAUGCGUUGGAGAAAUCUGAUCUGGGCAUUGGACACACUGGAGGCAUACAGUUUACCAUCGGUGGACCGAGUGGCGUGUUGCCCAAGCAUCCCUAUGAUCUGAUGCUGGAGUCCAACUUCUCGUAUCCUGCCAUGGGCGGCUGUCCCAAGAACGCAGGCACGCGUGUGCUUAACGAGAUUGUGGAGAACGAUUUCGAGGGAAAGAUACCGGAUGACGAGUACAACACCUACAACUACAUCGAUCACAUCAUACGCCAGGUUGUGGGCACUGACAAGACCAUGCUCCUCACCAGCUUCAUCACACAUGACUUCUUCAAUCGCCAGCUGCUCGAGAAUGGCACUUUCGAUAUGCUGAUACCCAGGCUAAUUGAUGUGGCGGGCACACUGAACCACAAGCUUCCUGUGUUGUUGGCACUGAACAUGAACAACAAACACAAUCCGGACAACACAUUCCUCUACUCCUUCGACUAUGCGGGCGAGUUCAAUCGCUAUCGCGAAAUGGACGAGGAAACGAAUAUGCAAAGUCCUUUCAAGGCGGGCGUUUCACUCACAGACGAAGCGCUUUAUCUUUUCCCCUAUCCGGAGCAUGUGCAGCGUCUCAGUCCGCCCGAUGAGGCAAUGGCUCGCCGCAUGGUGGAUCUGUGGACCAACUUUGUCAUCACUGGCAAUCCGCUGGGCUCCUACAAAGCAGGCUACUGGCCACCCAUGACCACUCUCUAUGGCCCCUACAUGAAGAUCGACGAGACUCUCACCAUUGCUGGCAAUUACUUCAAUGAGUUCUCGGCUACUUUGCGUGAUGAGGAUCAGGGUCACAGUCUCAUUCGCGAGAUUUACUAUCUUCGCAAACGGGCUCAUCAGAAAUCUCAGGCACAGCGCAAAAAACUUAAACUUAAAAAAGUGCACGUCAGGAAGAGUCUUGUAAAGCGUCCCAAUCGCAACAAGAUACGCUUCUAAACUGUUGAAUUAGCAUAAUGAAAAUGAUGAAAAUUUAUAUUAAUUUAAAUUACAAUAUUGUAUUUAUAUGAAACAUAAUUUUGUACAUUACUUAAUAUAGAGUAAAUUAUUGUCCACAAGAUUUAACU